GGAGUCGGGUCCACUGCCGGGUGGAGGGGCAAGGCGAGUGUCCUUAUCCUAGCGAGUGGGGCUCGGGCCUGCGUGCCAGUUGGAGUCGCGGCGGCGGGAACGUUUGGGCCGAGCGGAGGAAGACAUGUUGCUCUUCGUGGAGCAGGUAACAUCUAAAGGAACUGGUUUAAAUCCUAAUGCCAAAGUAUGGCAAGAAAUUCCUCCUGGAACUCCUGAUGCCACUACUGUAGCUCAUGGAACUGAAAGCUCUUGGCAUGAAACAGCAGCCACAUCAGGGUCUCAUCCUGAAGGAAAUGCUGAGCUUUCAGAAGAUAUGUGUAAGGAAUAUGAAGUAAUGUAUUCUCCAUCUUGUGAAACCACAAGAAACACUACAGGCAUUGAAGAAUCAACUGAUGGAAUGAUAUUAGGACCUGAAGAGCUGAGUUACCAAAUAUAUGAUGUUUCUGGAGAAAGCAGUUCAACAAUUUCUACAGAAGACCUAAAAGAAUGUCUAAAGAAACAAUUAGAAUUCUGUUUUUCACGAGAAAACUUGUCAAAGGAUCUUUAUUUGAUAUCUCAGAUGGAUAGUGAUCAGUUCGUCCCAAUUUGGACAAUUGCCAACAUGGAAGAGAUAAAAAAAUUGACCACAGAUCCUGAUCUAAUUCUUGAAGUAUUGAGAUCUUCUCCUAUGGUACAAGUUGAUGAGAAGGGUGAGAAGGUGAGACCAAGUCAUAAACGUUGUAUUGUCAUUCUCAGAGAGAUUCCUGAAACAACACCAGUAGAGGAAGUGAAAGCUUUGUUUAAAAGUGAAAACUGCCCCAAAGUGAUAAGCUGUGAGUUUGCACAUAAUAGCAACUGGUAUAUCACUUUUCAGUCAGACACAGAUGCACAACAGGCUUUUAAAUACUUAAGAGAAGAAGUUAAAACGUUUCAGGGCAAGCCAAUCAUGGCAAGGAUAAAAGCCAUCAAUACUUUUUUUGCUAAGAAUGGUUAUCGAUUAAUGGAUUCUAGUAUGUAUAGUCAACCAAUUCAAACUCAAGCACAGUAUGCCUCACCAGUCUUUAUGCAGCCUGUAUAUAAUCCUCAUCAACAAUACUCAGUCUAUAGUAUUGUGCCUCAGUCUUGGUCUCCAAGUCCUGCACCUUACUUUGAAACGCCACUGGCUCCCUUUCCCAAUGGUAGUUUUGUGAAUGGCUUUAAUUCACCAGGAUCUUAUAAAACAAAUGCUGCUGCUAUGAAUGUUGGUCGACCAUUCCAAAAAAAUCGUCUCUUGCCGGAUCCGAUUCCCCCACUUGAUUCUUCUUUGGCAAGUGUGAAGCCUCAUUUUAGGUCAUCCAGUGGUUCAGAACAUUCAACAGAGGGCUCUGUGUCAUUGGGGGAUGGACCAUUGAACAGAUAUAGUUCAAGGAACUUUCCACCCGAACGGCAUAACCCUACAGUAAUAGGGCAUCAGGAGCAAACUCACCUUCCCAAGGAGACUCCUGUUUUACAGAUGGAACAGAAUGGGGACUAUGGUAGGGGCAGGAGAACUAUUUUCAGAGGUCGAAGACGACGAGAAGAUGACAGAAUCCCAAGACCCCAUCCUUCAACAGCUGAAACAAAGGCUCCUACACCAAAGUUUGACUUACUAGCUUCAAAUUUUCCUCCAUUACCUGGAAGUUCAUCAAGAAUGCCAGGUGAACUUGUUUUGGAGAAUAGAAUGUCUGAUGUUGUUAAAGGUGUCUACAAAGAAAAGGAUAAUGAAGACUUGAGAGUUAGUUGCCCAGUACCUGUAGAAGAUGAGCAAACAGACUGUACUUCUGCCCUGCAACUCAAUAUGAGUACAAAUCCUCCAUGUACAGCUGAGCUUCCUGCAUUAAGCACAACUCAGAAAGAAAAGGAUCCAAUAGAGGAAUCCACUGUUCAGAAGGAUGUUCUCAAUCAGAUGACUAUACCAGUUUCUUCCCCAAGCACUGCAAAGACACCACAGGCAAAUACUGCUUCACCAAGUAAUAGUAACACAAAUGCAUCCGGAGCUGUGACCAUACAGGAACCUCGAAAGUUAAGUUAUGCCGAAGUGUGCCAGAAGCCCCCUAAAGAGCCAGUUCCAGUUCUUGUGCAGCCACUACGGGAACUUCGCUCCAAUGUUGUGUCUCCCACCAAAAAUGAAGAGACUGGAGCUCCUGAGAAGUCCAUUGAGAAAUCACAUGAGAAGCCAGAAGCAAGGGCUAGUAAGGAUUAUUCUGGCUUCCGAGGCAAUACCAUUCCCAGGGGAGCAUCUGGAAAAAUCAGGGAACAGAGACGCCAGUUUAGCCAUAGGGCUAUACCUCAGGGAGUGACUCGACGUAAUGGCAAAGAGCAAUAUGUGCCACCCAGAUCACCAAAGUAAAAUCAAAAAAACAAAACUAUUCAAAAACUUUCUCUCUUCCCAUUAAACUUGAGCCGUGGCUAUAUUGAACUGUUUUGGAGGGGAAUGGGUAGCCAGGAAGGAAACAAAAUAUAUCCUUAAAUCAUUAUGGAUUUUGAAAUUGUGAGGAGUAGAAUCCCAAAAUUCAUCUCUAAAGUGAUUUUAAAAUGCUGGAGGCUUCCAAUCAGUAUAAAUACAUAUAUAUAUAUAUAUAUAAAUAUAUAUAUACACAUAUAUAAAAUAUAAUUUUUCUAUUUUUGUUUUUGAUUUUAAUUUACAAAGAUUUUCUGCCUGGAAUCAAUUUUGAGUGUUCAGAUUUAGCUUGAGAAAUUAAAACAAAACAACAACCAAAAAAAGCAGUAUACAUCCUUCAGUAUAGGAGAUGAGGGAGUAAGAAAAUAUUUUUUUGAAGAAGCAUUUCUGUAAAAAUUAGAAAUUACUUUUUUAAAUCUAUUUAAUGUUUGGCUUGGAGAAUGUCAUCUCUGAUUAUAUGGCCUUGUGUUGCAGAGCAGAUCAGUAAUUGGGGUGUCUGUGGUUGUGAGUGUGUGCAAGAGUGAUUUAAGCCAAAUCUGUUGUCAUAUUAGUAAAUGAUUUGAAAACUGAAUGUAAUACUUGAGUAGAUUUUUAUUCUAGUUUGAAUUUAGUCUGUCUUUUCAACUUUAUUAAUAUUUCAUUCAACAGACUGUUAAGCUCUAAUUAUACUUGGAGAUGUGACUACCAAUCAGUUUGAUACUCAAGGAAAGAAUGGGGGGCUAUUCAACAAAAUUCAGAAAUUCAUCUUGGACCUGAAAUGAUAGGUCAAUGGAUUUUAAAGGUUUAAACUGCCCUGUGAUCUGUUGUCACCCCUCCCUUCACCUUUAAGAUGGGAAACAAAACUUUUUUGCUAUUUCAUUUGUUACUCUUUGUUUUUUGACUACCUACCCCCAAAAGUAAAAUAACCAACCACCUAUUGAAUUUGAAUUGUAUGUUUCUGUAUAUUUUAAUUAAUCCUGUCAAAUCGUAUAACAGUUAUAAAUUUGGGGAUUUAACACUGAAAUAUUUUAUUCUGUUCACAUACUCAGAAUUUUAGGUCCCAGAAAGGUGGGGCAGACUGACUCUCCAGUAAUAUUUUGUUUAUUGUUAAAGAUGAAACAAUUUAACUGACUUUUUAAAAGUGUUAAAUAGUAUAGAAGAGAAAAUUUUUAUAAAGGCUUAAUUGGGGGGGGGGGGACUUUUUUCUGUUUGCAGUGUAUAUCACCUUGCUUCCUUCGUCUUAAAAUUAAAAAAAAAAAACCAACCUAUAUAUAUAUAUAUAUAUAUAUAUAUACAGUUUGGAAUUCACUGAAACAGAAACAGCAAGUCAAGAGAUUUUUAUGAUAAGGUGAUAAAGAUGGUUAAAUAAAAUUGAUGCAGAAUUUCUCAGUGAAUAAAAUUGUAGCUGUCAUAUAUUAAAUAGGCAAGUUUACAUGCUGGUAUUUAGAAAAUGGCUAAAAUAUUAAAAACCAUGUUGCAUUAAUCUGUUUUUUAAGUCAUACCAUGUUCAGAGUUCUAUGUAGGGUGGGGUUUUAGUUUUCUUCUUAGGGAUAGUUUGUAACAGGAAGAACUUUCCCUUAUGUUAAUGAGUUACAUAUGUACAAAUUGAAACUGUAAAUUGUGAACACUGGAAAGCACCAUUGUGGCAUAGAAUAAACAUCUUUAAUAUAGUAAAGUGAAUGUAAAUGGAGGUUAAAAAUGUUACUGUGAAACUGCUUUCAAUUCUAAGUUAAGCUUUGGAGAUUUGUAUUAGUGGAUAACUGUUAAGAGCUUUGAAAACACUGCACAUUUCUGUACAAGCCAGAAUUAUUAUUUCUUUGUAAUUUAUUAUUUAGCUUGGCAGUUGCUUUUGAUUUGGUGGAUUGAUAACAUGGUAUAAUAUAUUUACACAGUUUGAAACUUUUCUACACACUAUUUUUAAAAUCAACUUCUAAAAGAGACAUACAAUAAAAUUCGCUGAAAUUUGGGGGAAGUUUAGGUCCUUUAAAAAAAGAAAGUUUUAUUAAUCAUUGGCGUACAUCUAUGAUAAAAGUGCUUAUUUUGCUUUACUUACAUAAUGCUGCAGUUGGUGGAAAUGAAACAAAGUGUUAACCCCCUGUGAGUGCAUUGGAAUUAAAAGAAUAAAUAUUUUGUAAAAAUCA